UCUUAAAUUCACAUCAGUUUCUGCCACUGCAGAAAACGUCUGGAAACUAAAAAUAGACACCCGGAAGCAAAAACAGCAUGUUCCCCGCAGUUUUAAAUUUAGCCGUUUGUUGCGCCACUUGUAUUAAAACCCUUGCGCACGCCUUAAGAAACGCAGCCAUGAUUAAUCUCAAGUACCUGCAACUGAUCUGGAGAACCCAAAACCCAAAUCUUUAAAACACCCCACUGAAAAAGCCCCAAAAACCAUUGAUUGUAGCGAGCAAUCGCAAUAAUGAACUCAAAGUCCGGGCCAAAAUAGCUUCUUUAUUCACAUGCCCCUGCACGUAGUAACUGACCCGACAACGCCAUUGAGACCGUGUUGCAGAAAAUAACGCUCGCAGCCCCUUUUCAUCCACUGCAUAACGCCCGAGACCAUUCCAAUUACUCCACUCAAAUCCUGUAUAUGUACAAAUUUCUAUAAAUUCAGGGAAUCACCCGGCUUUAAUGCAUCUGUCAGAAGCAUUCAAUCUUCUGUUUCGGUAGCCAUGGAAGAUUCCCAGGUCGGAAUUGACAGCAAAUUCUUGAAUCGUCUGUUAAGCAAGGAAUCGAAAUUAGGGUGCUCUUCCAGAGCUCUGUAUUACGCUGCCCCUGGGGCUGUUCCAUUUGGGUGGGAAUCUGAGCCUGGGACGCCCAAACAUCGGUUAAAUUUGGGGGAGGAGAAAUUACCAGCGGCUCCUCUCAGCCCGCCGCCAAGCCUGCACAAGGUCGGAUCCCGAUCGAAGCCCUGUUUGCCAGAUUCGUCGCCGAAUUGGCCUCUGAAAUUGUCCGGAAAGUUUUCGGCUUCGAAUUUGUCUCUGAAAUUGUCCGGUGCUUUUCAAAUUGUGAAGGGGAAAAUGAGGGUUUUGAGGUCGCAGAAUAGGGUUUUCGCGCAGGAAGAAGAGCGCCGGCACAUUUGGAGGCGGCGCUCCAAAUCCUGCGAGAAGAAGAGCAAUGGCGGUGGGGAAAAUAGGGAUUAUUCUGUUUGCCGCCGUUGGAUGCCUUCUAGUCUGAAGAAAAUGGCGUUCCUUUCUGUAUAUGAUAAGUAAAGUUUAAGGCCUGUUGAUUGAGUUCUGUAAAACUGGUUUAUCAAAUUGUUCUGUCAGGAGCUUCAGCUUUUAUGGCCUCUGAAUAUGAGCAAUAAUAAAUGAUAAUGUGCAGAAUGCUGUCAGGCAUCCUGAUCGAUUACUACCUA